UCAUGUCAAAAAAAGAACAAGACUAUUAUGAGGUUUUGGGAGUUAGUAAAACAGCUACUGAUGAUGAAAUCAAAAAGGCUUAUAGAAAAUUAGCAAUCAAAUGGCAUCCAGUAUAUUUUUCGAAUAAUAUUUUAAGGAUAAAAACCCCAAUAAUAAAUAAGAAGCUUAAGAAAAGUUUAAAAAAAUUGGAGAAGCUUAUUCUGUAUUAUCUGAUAAAGAUAAAAGAGCUAUUUAUGAUAGAUAUGGUCAUGACGGGUAUGCCAAUAUAAAUUUAUUUUGUUAGUUUAAAAAAUGGAGGUGGUGCUAAUCAAUUUUAGGGAUUUCAAGGUUUUGGCGGUUUUGGAGAAGGAUUCGAUCCCUUCAAAUAAUUUGAAAGUUUCUUUUAAAAUUUUGGAAUGGACGAUGAUGAUUUUGGGUUUUUCUUUGGAAGAAGUGGAAGCAAAAAAAAUAGUAACAACUCUUAAAGAAGUCCGUUUGGAUUUGGAGGCUUUGGAGGAUUUGGAGGCUUUGGUGAUGAUGACUUCAUGGGAAUGGGAGGUGGUUAAUUCUAAUCAUUUUCAUCUUCAAAUUUCGGAGGUGGAUUUGGAGGAUCUACAUCAAUGUCUACUUCAACAACAAUACAGUAUGAAUUAAUCAUUUAUAAAAUAGAAAUGGUCGUAAAGUUACAGUAACAAGAAGGACAACAACAAAAGCAGAUGGAACCACCGAAGUAGUUGAAACUAUUGAUAAUGGAGGAAGAAAAGAAGAGAAAAGAUAUUCAUUAGAAAAUGGAUAGAAAACUAAUGGAUCCAAAUAUAUCAAACAUCAAUGACUU